AUCAACAACGUUGCGCGCUGUUAUGAUCUUUGAAGAAACGACUGUCUAAGUCUUCCUUGUAUUUGAUCUGCCAUGUUCUUUGAUAUCAUAUCAAUUCGCAUUUCUUAACUCGUCAUUAACAUUAUGCGCUUAGCAUCAGUGGUUCCUUUGAUCUCUGCAGAACUGGUAGCAGCACUCGACCAUUCAUGUGGUAUCCGAACAGACACCGAUCUUAUCUUCUUUGGUUCCAGCUUGGACAUCAUCAAAAGAUUACCACUCGGGACCGUAACGCUUUCAGACCUUCAAAAGUUCACCGAAUUAGUAGCAGAACAAGCAUCGGUCCCUGGAUAUCGAGGAGACGAGCUUCUUGCUGGCACAGCACGGAUAUCUGAGAAACAUCCUCAAGUCAGCUGUGGUGUCAAGGAACUAGAUGAACUUGUUGGUGGUUUUGGUGGCUCUCGAGUUUUUGAAAUAUCUGGAGCUAAAGGGUCGGGUAAAACGGCACUUGCGCUGCAAGUAGUGAUCCAGCAUCUUCUUUCUGAUGCAGAUUCUUGUGCUUUAUGGAUAGAUACAUCCGGCGACUUCUCUGCAGAGAAGACUGCUCAGCUAGUGCGACAUUUUGAUGUAGCAGUAUCUGAUAAGGUGCUAGAGAGAUUGCAGGUAUCCUUGGGUUUCAACAUCGAGGCAAUGCACGAUGUCCUCGAAGCGCUGCGCAUUUCACUUUCUAGCUCUAGGAUUGUUGGACCAACAGUCCAAUGGAUAGUCCUCGAUUCCAUAACCCCACUUUUACUACCGUCCCUAAGUGCGGUAUCUUCCCAAGGACAUGCCAUGAUGACAACGUUUAUGCGCCGAUUACGCGAGCUUGCUCGGACUUUCGGGAUCACUAUCAUGGUGAUCAACGGAACAUCAACAGCUGCACCAUUCAAUCAGAGUUCUGCAUUUGCAUCAACAAUCAGAAAACCUGCUUUGGGCCCUUCAUUUACAUUUAUGACAGAUUGCACCCUCUGGUUAUCGAGGAUGAAAGAUAUACCUGAUCCUGAGGGCCCGUUUUCGGUGCACGUAGCGGAAGUAUUCCGUUCGAGGGCAACAAGAUCAAAGACUUGGUGCACCUUCCAAAUUCGCUAUGGCGUCUUAUCCUCGACAUCAGAUUUGUAGCUAUCCCCUCUUGCAGGUCAUUUCUUGGCAUAAUACACGGUUUGACCCAGUGGCUCGCCGACAAACAUAAUUCAUAAAAGCAGAUUACGUGUCGUUGUGAAGCAGCUAUAGCGCACAUUUUUCCGCUCAUUAUGAGCACUCACUGACAAUCCAAUACAUAUAUACCUGGGAGAAACCUUAUUACCCCACCUAUUUCUUUUCCGACCUGGACAGAUCGCAGAGAGUGUGGAACGAAGUUGUAUGACUUGGUCGGCGAUGAAUGCAAAGUAAGAAACGCUGUGACUGAGUUCAUAGAUCAAGUGAGCAACACCAAGGAUUUGGUUGGGUUAUUCAAGAUCGAGUUCUCAGCUGCUUUGAUGUGUGGUUUGAAGAGGAUGAGCGAGUUUACGUUCAUCCCAAGGACCCUUACAAGGUCAGUCUCCCUUCAUCCCCAUUCGCACAU